AUGAGCGUGAUACUGAUGUCUUCCGCUAAACAGGACAGUGCCACUUACAAUAUGACUUGUUUAUUGCGUGAAUGGGACUGUGCACCGAAAGCAAAACGUCGGCAAUUCUUGCAGGAUUUCAUCAGACAGUACCGUAAUUGCUCUGGACCUGAUCUAGAAGCAGAACUUGCUCAAAUGGGUAGUCUGUUUUUGGCUAGAAUAUGUGUAUGGAUAAAACUGACAUACAUGUCAGGAACUUGCUUAACCGAACAGCUUCAGGCUCUUCAUAUAUUUUUGUCAGCAUCAAGCAGUCGUAAUUAUUUGCUUGAGUUUUUGGAGCAUGGCGGUGUAUUCAAAGAGGUGGAUAAACUUUGGGCGCUUAAAGUGCUAUCUUGCGUAGCCGACGCUGGUACUCGUUAUAAGCAGACAAUAUGUGAAUGCUAUGGUAUUCGUGCUGUUGCUGAAUGCAUGGCCAAAUCGAAAUCAGAAGACACACAAGAAGUGGCUAGAGACUUACUAGAAAUGUUAGCUGAAGGCAAUCCACGUUUCUCUGAUCAAGUGUACAAAGGAUUAAUUGGUGUUUUGCCAUGCAAUUCACCAAAGGCUCAACAAUUAGCUCUGCAAAGUAUACGAGUUUUGCAGAGUAAACGUAAUACAGCUAACAGAGCUUUAAUCGAUAGGAUAAUUUAUCUGCUUGAGUCACUACAUUUGGAAGUACAAUCAGCCGUUAUUGAAUUGGUGCGUGUUCUGAUGGACUUUGAUAUUGCCGAUGAUAUUUUAUUGGCACUAAUUACUUUGUUAAAGCCACAACGUGAAAUACAACUGGGUAAAUUAUUCACCGAAGCAGCAUCUGAUAAUGAGGAAUUCAGCCCACACCACGCAGAAAGUGAUGACAAUCGUUCCUCCAGUUGCCCUAGCCCGAUAGGUAGUACUUCAGAAUCGAGAUCUGGUUCUACUGCAAAAACCCCGUCUACCAAAAAAAUGAAGUCAUCUGAAUCAAAAUUAUUAGAACAUAAAAGUAGUCAUACAGGUGACUCAAAUGGAAAACGUGUUAUUACCAGUGGGAGUAGUGUAAAUAAAUGGAAGAAAAAUAAAAUGAAUAAGUCUUCAGAUUCAGAAUUAGACAAUCAGCCACUACCGGUAUUCGUUCAACAAGCAGCUGCUGCUAAAUGCUUACAUAUAUUGUCUCAAGACUCGCCAACAAUUUCAAAGAAGAUAAUCAAAAUGGGUGCUAUUUCAAGUCUGCUAUAUGCGAUGGGUAAUCUUGAGUUCCCAGACAGUCAAAGACAAGCCAGCCUAGCUUUGGAGUAUCUUUGUCAAACAUAUCCACUAGUAGACCAAGCUGUUUAUGAAGCAAUGGGUCCGGUUUUACAUGAUGAAUUCGUUAAAAAUCCUGAUUCACAUUAUAUGCAAAUGACUCCAUUACAAGCAGAUGUAUUAGUGUCCAACAAAGUGACUUAUUCUGGAGAUCUAUCCUAUCAACGUCAUUUAAUGAAAUGA